AUGAAACAUGCUAUAUUUAAAAGAAACACUGGAAAGUAUUUACGAGAUAGUGUGAUCACAACGAAAUAUGCAGAAAGUGAAUUAGAGUGUUCCAUGCAUUGUGCGAGCAUCGACGCGUGCUUGUCAGUGAAUUACAAAGCUAGCGGAGUGGAUCAAGGUUUAUGUCAACUCAACAACAGAAUAACUUCAGAAAGUCUUGGUCUGGUUUCCGAUGAUAGAUUUGUGCACCUUUCUAUUGUAAAGAGGGUAAGAUAUUUCCUUAUGAUAUCACAAAUUAUGUCAUGUUCUCGAAUACGUUAAUCCUGCGCUUUAAUAGGCCUUUCCUAACCAUGUUUCUGGAUACGCUUGCUUGCUUCUUCAAGGUUCGUAGUUUCAAAGACCGAAAAAAUUCAAAGACUCAACUUCAAAAUCUAGACUUUUUCGUGCACCAAUUCGGCGGUAAGCUAACAUUUUGGACAACAAAGACAAUCAACUAUACGACGCAGAUUUUUUGUGGAAGAUGGCAGUUGGGCAGACGUGCUCCGAUUAUGUUUAACCGUGGCCAAAGUGUGCAAAGACUGACCUUUGAGAGCAAACAUCUAUUGAAACAUUUCAAUUGUAAGCUUCUUUUUGACCCGAUGAUCAUUCCUAGAAUGCGUCUUCUCUUCGAUAUUUGUAAAAAUCUUGCUGAAAUCCACGAUCCAUUUUACUAUAGCUAGAGAAUCGUAUAUAAAUCUUGCUAAAUAAUAGAAGUGUUUAAAGACUUUCUGCAUAUUUUCAUAUAGCUAAUCCAAAGAUUUUCGAAAGAUCCACAAUCGAAUUCGAAUUUAAAGCCUUUCAAAAACUGCCACCGAAUCCUGUUUCCACAACAAUGUUUGAUCUUUUAAUUUAAACACCAGUCAACGUUCACUGUAUUCUGUUUAGAGUAAACCCAAGACGAAAGAAAUUGCCAGAAAACUCAGCUGCAAAGAAUUACUCGACGAUGACAG